AAUACGUCUAGUUAGCAGGCUGUAGCGCUAGCAAGCUAACUAGCUACUUUUAUUCCUAGUAACACUGCUAGAAAAUGGAGCUAACAGUUCCUGCUCAGCAAAACAUUGCCCACAGAUGCAUGUGCCUGCACAGAAAAUCCCCAGUUUAAUUAAUCAUUGUGGGUUUUUGACCUCGGAGUGGGAGACAUUUCGACGACAUUGUCAUCGGAGAGUUUGACAGGAGUGAAAUAUCCCCACUACUGUACUGUACUUGGGGUUUCUCCUCCAAACCGAAGCAAGAUGGACUCUCAUUCGGCUUGUCUGUCUUGUCAGAGCUCGGCUCGACAUUUUGCACGGAGAUGAAAAUGUAUGCUUAGAGGUAGGAGCACAUUAGGUCAUCGUCAUUGCAUGACAAAGGCUGUGGCAGAUUCAUCUUCAUCACUCAUCCAGCAUUUCCAUAGUUUUUUCUUCAGUGCGGUAGUACCAUGAAGGGUGGAGGAAGGGGUAAGGAGCCACCUGUUGCAGGGGAGGUCACUGGCAAGCGCCCCAAACGCAAAUGCCUGCAGUGGCACCCCCUCCUCUCCAAGAAGGCUCUGGAUUUCUCUGAGGAGGAGGAAGAAGAGGAUGAAGAGGAGCUGGAGAAGCAGCCACCGCUGUGUGUUCAGGACCAGGGCUCGCAGAUGCAGUGUGGAAGCACAACGGAGGAAGUGGAGGAGGACUCGAAUGAACAGCGGGCACGGCGGCCAAUGAAUGCCUUCCUACUCUUCUGCAAACGCCACCGUUCCCUGGUGCGGCAGGAACACCCUCGCCUGGACAACCGUGGGGCAACGAAGAUCCUGGCUGACUGGUGGGCUGUGCUAGAGCCCAAGGAGAAGCAGAAGUACACUGACAUGGCCAAGGAGUACAAGGAUGCCUUUAUGAAGGCAAACCCGGGCUACAAGUGGUGUCCCACCACCAGCAAACCAGUUAAGAGCUCUCCCUGUCAGCCAGUCAGCAACCCCCGCAAAAAAGUUUGGCCCUUCUCUUCCAACUCGUCCAAGGACUCCACCACUGCCAAAAAAGUGCCCAAAACUGACAGCGUGCCACAGUUAAACUUUGCCAUGGCAGAUCCUACAAAGAUGGGAGGCCUUAGCAUGCUGCUGUUAGCUGGGGAACAUGCCCUCACAAACAGAGAGAUCCCUUCCUGCACUAAACCUAGUUUACCUGACACAGCCAGCGAAGGGAACUCCUUUCCAGGGGAUGAGGAAGAGAUGUUGUCUGGGACAAUACCGAACAGAGUGCCUGACAAUACUGAAAGCAGGGUCAAGUCUGCCCUUUCCCCGCUGGCAGAGUCAUCUCUCUCUGCGGCACCUGAAGGAAAACCGUGCAGACAGUCCGCUCUCUUCCAGCUUGCUGAGAUGUGCCUAGCAUCUGAAGCUGGAAAGAUGGACACUGUCGUAUCUCAGCCUGAGGACAGCUCUGCUACAGCCUCUCUCCAGCAAACUGCAGUCAAGUCAGAGAUCAAGGAGGAGAAAGCAGACACGGAUGACUGUCGUCCCUCCUCUUGCACAUCUGCCCACUUACCUUUGCUCUCCUCUGUCACUUCUACCUCCACUGAUGCCAUUCCCCCACAACUCAGCAGCCAAAAUGCACGUGUCAAAAACAAGAGCAAGAAAAAAGAGGUGACAAAGUCAAAUGAUAACGAUGAGAUCAUUUGCUCGGCAAAGAAGGUCAUCAAGAAAUGUAACCAGGCUGAAUCAAAUGUGGACAGUGUCUUCAGCACGAUUGAGGCAGUGGCCAAAGGAGCCUGGAAGGACACAGAGGAGAAGUCCAAGAAGAAGAUCCAGAGCAGUUCUAGGGUUGGAAACUCUGGUGUGCCCAAAAAAAAGAGCAAGCCCAAAGUCAAGACCUUUGUCAAAGAAAAGGAGGAGGAGACGGAGGAUGACAGUGGACAGAGUGGGCAGCACAGUUCCUGUGAGGUGGAGAUGAAGGACGAGAUGACUGACAUUAAUCCCAAGAUGGAGGCAGAAGAAGCAAAUCUAGGAAGCAUAGACCUUCAGGGCAGCAUGGCACAACCCUAUCACUCACCCUGCAGCCCCUCGCCUGCUAAACUGAAAGAGGAGGGGAAGGAGAGGUCGAGUGAAGGGACCUGUGAGUCCAGCACAGAGAGCCGCGGCGCCAGGAAGUCAGAGCGGAGCUGUAAAGGUGCUUUGUAUAAAACCCUUGUUUCAGAGGGAAUGCUGACUUCACUGAGAGCCAAUAUUGACAGAGGUAAAAGAGGCGCUUUCCGGGCUUCUGAUCAUGAUGCAAACUGGAGUGAUGACAGCUGGACAGUUUCUCAGAUGGGACCUAAUAACCCCAAGAAGCUGAAAAAGUCCAAGUCCAAAGAUGAAUCUUCACAGGGUGUAGAAAGACAGGGCUGCAGCAGUGCUGUCUGUGUGGACACGACAGCAGGAGAGCCGCAGCAGUUCAGCGAGGUAGCCGUCCAGCACAGCCUAGGGAAACUGGAGGAGGAGUUUGAAAGGAAGUUUAACAGCUUGCCACAGUAUAGCCCAAUGACAUUUGAUAAGAAGGGGGCUGCUGUCGCAAAAAAGAAAAAGAUGGACAGCACCACUGUCCAAGGGGAAGUCUCCAAAGCUGGAAAAGGGCCAUCUCCAUCUCAGAAAAAGACUUCAUUCCACAAGAUUGUUAGGAAGCACAAACACAAAAAGGACAAACCAGGUGCAGUGGACAAAGUGGUACAGAGUGAUUCCACCUUGCUGGAUUCAGCUUCAAAAGCCAAAUCAUGUGCCCCCAUUGCCAUAUUGUGCCCAGAUGUCCAGGGCAACACUAGUAUGGAGAUGCUAGUUGGUAGCCAAAAGAGGAAGGCUAGGAAGACCAAGAUCACACACUUGGUGCGCACCGCUGAUGGCAGUGUGUCUCCAGUCGAGGAGGACAAAACUAGGGACCUGAACCAGGAACAGGAUAAGAAGCCAUUACCCCAACCGAAUUUAUGCAAUGAAAAAGGGUGCUACAGUAAUCCCAGAGAUGAGGAGGCAGAGAGGAGCACCACACCGCAAGAGCUACCUGCUUUCUUCAGCUUGGCAGCCCUCGCUGAAGUAGCAGCCAUGGAAAACGUUCACAGAGGCCAGAGAGGCUUGGCUGAGAGUCAGAAGAAAGAUCUUAACCAGACUCCGGUCCUCAUCUCCUGUGCUGAUCAGUGAACUCUACUGCUGUUAUGAGAGGCCACAACAUGGACAUUGGCAGUGGAGCUUUACUGUCCUCAGUGGUAACCCCAUGCUGUAGGGAGACUUGAUCAGGAAGCUUUGGACAGACUCCACCUUCCCUUUGUGGUGAAUUUGCUUGAGCUCGGGUUCAUGGGGACAGGACCCUCCUCCUCCUCACCGCUCCUCGCUAUCUCAGUGUUUUCCCCAGAAGCCUUCUGUUGGUUUGAGGGAGGAUGCCUUUCUGAACUCCUCUCACCCCCCUUAGAUGCCCUGUUAGGGCCUGUGGAAGAACCAAGCUGUCUCCCAGUGCAUGGCUUCCCUUAUAGAGAUGGUUGUCAUGGGUUAUUGUAUACUGUUUUGUCAAAUAGAGGCCAUUUUUAAGGUCAAGUCUUGCGAUUUAAAAAUAGCAUUUUAGGUAGGGAAAAACCCAACACUGCAUUCGUUUUAUAGACGAACACAGCUUUCUGUUACCUUUUUACCUCACACACAUGCCUACUGAAGAGUUCCCUCCACCUGUGGUAGAAUACCUCUGUAUUUAAUAGCUCUUAUCCCUUCAUUCCUUCCAGCUUCAACCCAAAAUGGCUUUAACCAGGGUAAAUGAUCAUGAUGGAUAGACUCCCAUUACCAACUACUUGCUCAGUGUUUCCCUGUGGUACACUAAUACGGUGUACUCAAACUGCGAAGAAAUCAUGGUUGAGUAUUUGAUAUGUAAGUUAAGAUGAUGCUACUGUAAAACAGUAUGUGGUAGCUACAAAUAAUCAUGUUAGACUGAAUGUGUAAGUAUAGACCUGUGCGUACACUGGCACCUGAACUGGAGUUGACUAUAGCUGAGGGUUUGUUUGUCUGGUUUAUCCUUAAGGAGUAGGUUCAUUGUCCCUGUCAGGCUAAUGACAGUAGGUUGGCUGAAAAACUGCUUCUUGUGAUGGAGAGAUUGUAUGAAAGUGAUUCAAUUAUAGCCUUAACCCUUUCCACCCAGACCCGCUUUGCCACCACAAAGCCCUAAACCAGCUUGUUGCUCAAUGCCAUCACAGUCCUAAAGUCAGUGUAAACAUUUUUGGAUAGUGAAAUGCAGUUUUUGUCAAUACUUGAUCUUAUUGCAGUUUGCGUAGCAAUUAGAAAGGUUAAUUCCUUGUGUGCAAACUUAUUUUAUUGGAAUAGGUGUUUUAUUUUGUUUUAUUACGUAAACACUGCACUAAUUUGUAGCUGAUAUUUGAGUUGCUCUUGGAAGAGUGAUAAAAUGCCUUGUCUCCACCGAUCAGUGUUCUUACACCAUAGCCUCUCAAUAGUGUCUUCAGUGUCCUCGGGACCUGGCUAAAGCCAGCUGCAAGCUCUAGUGUAAAAGAUCAGGAAUUUGUUAAUCCAAUCAUAAAAUGAGAUAUUUGGGGAAAAAAAACAAUACAGAAAUAAAAUCGCUGUUUCUGAUUUCCUAGAGAAACAAAAGUUUGAUGUGUUGAAAUCGGACCGCACUAUGCUAUGGUUCCACUCAGAGCUAAUGGAGACAAGGCAUUUGAUAAUAAUUUCCCCAUUUGUUUCCUAUUGGCCUUUUGAGAUUUUAUUGCAUUGUAAUGGUCUACUCAGAGGUCACAUGUAAUCAAUGUUUUGAUUUUUAGAAGUAUUUAUAUUUAGAUGCAACUUUGUGUUCUUUAUUUUUGGCUUUGUUUUAAUGUAUUUUGUUUUUGUUUUUUUGCUUUAAUGUUUAGUCAGAAUCAUUCCAUUUCCAUGCCUUUGUCUGCCACACUUUUGUUUACAGUUCAUCAGCUAUAGUAGUAGUGAGGAAAAGUAAGGACAGAUGCAGUUAAGCUGCAGGUUUGUGGUCUUCCCGAGGGUUUGUGGAACAUAGAAAAGCUGCCACAGGCUAAUAGAGGUUAACUGAGAGCUACAGAGACUCCCCCACAAUACCCCACCUCCUUCCUAGCAACCUUUGUUCCUCUGUGUAGACCAAUACUUAAUUUAUCACAUUUUAGAUGAAAUCACAUUUAUAACUUUUAUAUCUCUUUGUUUUCUGUUUGACCAUUCUUCUGUUAAAGUGUGUGCAUUUAUAAUGCUGUUUUAACUAGGUCCUUUAUGAUCAAUGGUUUUUCCUGAAGUCAAGUUUACUGGAAUAAGAAUGUUGUCAAAAAAGAUCAAGCUCAUAGAUGACGAAUGCAUCUAUGCUUACCUGCUUAGAAAACUAGCACUGAGAUAAAAUGCACCGUCUCUAGACAAUGAGCUUGGCUUUUAACCUCUGGAGGUGUGUAAUUGACUGCAACUCCAACACCAUUUCUUGGAGAUGUGUUAAGAUGUGUUCAGAGCGCUUUCGGACACAUAAUGACAGGACAGACAAACAAGAAAUGAAUGGGUCUUGAAGAAUGAAUGCAUCUUGAAAUAGUGUUUUUCCAAAAUCAAGGCAUUGUUACGUGGUAAUAAUGUUUUGCUUAUGUAGGCCCUUAUGUGCAAUUAGUGCAACAUAUGCAAAAAAUCAAUAAUUCCUCUAAAUUUGUCCUUAAAAUCUAACAAACUAACUGCAGAUGUUUCCAAGUUAAGUUUAAGGGAACCACAGUAUGCUUUAGGAUAAUCCUAAUAAUAAAUGGUAUAUAUAUUUUUUCAGAUAUGAGAAAGCUACAUUAAGGAUGAUAUCAUCCAAGCAGUAAACUGUAUAGUUCUUCCACUGGUGGCAGGGUCAGUGUAGUUCUUUGCAAAGACAAAGAAAUUGUCUUCCCCCAAAAUAGAGAUAUAUUUGCAUAUAGCAAGUGAGUUUAAUGACAUUUGCCAAAGAAAAGGGAAAGGUAUAGUCAAAUGAAAAUCCUGUGUAAAAAUGGAAAAAAAAAGAAAGCUAGCAUAACAGUUGCACUCUCGGUAUGUAAAUCUUCAGGUAACAAUAUCAGCACAAUUCAUCCUGUGUACCUAAUGGGAUUUCCUUAGUGUUUAAGCCCAGAGUUUGAAUGAAGUGCAACAAAAGGGCACCACUCAAUGCCUCUUUUAAUAUACAGUAUUUGCACCUUAUGACCCAAACCAAAAUGAUCAUGGUCUUUGAAGAAAAUAUAGAAUUUGUACCCACUCUGUGGAAAUUAUGCAUUUUAACUAUUAUUUAUGUGAGAAUCCAGUCAAUAACAAAUCCACACAUCUACCAAACAGCCAUAAUAAUGUCAUUGCCCCAUCCCCUCACUUUUUCUAUCUAGAAAAUGCUUCUAUAAAGUUGAAAUUCCUAUAUUAGUUACCUAAAUGACUAUUAUACCCUUUGUGCUAGUACUGUCUUCUUGAAUGUAAUCAUUUUGUACCUGUAUUUUUCUAAUUCAGUCUUGAUUGUACUGUAUGUAUGCUAUGAUGGUAUACUGUUCCUUAGGUGCAUAGUUUGUUACAACCAUCGGUUCUCAUGACAGGAUAGCUGCUGCGCUGCAAACUCAAUGGAAAUGUGUGGGGGUUUUAAGUCUGCAGGACUUAAUGUACCAUGUGACCAUCCAUGAGACUGAUAACUGAGAGAUUCUUGCUUUUUGAAUGGUAGAACAAUAGCUUUCCCUGGUUUGCUACUUUUUCUUUUUCCUUGCAGUAAAAGUUAAAGUCUGUUCAGGACAGUUUAUAAAACAGGGACGCUCCUGCAAUCAGAUAGAACAAUUGAAUGCUUGAGUUUCAACAUAUUUAUUACUGUUCCUUUUUAUAGGUUUAGCUGAAUAAAAACAAUAAAAUAUACAACUGAAUAUGCAUCCAUUUAUACAUGAACAUGUAUAAGAUUAUCUACCCUUUACUGGAAUGUAGAUCAUGGCUUCUCUUUGUUUGUUUUUUUGUGAAGAAGAAUUUAUGUUCUUGGUGAUCCUCAUGGCAGAGAUGUUCUUUUGAUUGUUACAGCCCAGUUGUUAAAUGCAGCCAUGCCUUACAGGAACCCCUGCUUAGUGAGGGAUCCCCCAGCCACCCACCUCCCCACCCCACCCAUAACUCUUAUGUCAUAACACUGUUUGCUGAUGCAACUAUUAUUCCUUUUACACUUUCUGCUGACGCAACUAUUACUUCUUGAACACCUAUUAAAAUAACAUCUAUUAUCUGUA